AUGUCUUGGAAGCUGGGAAAGAAAUUCAAAGAAGGUGCAAACCUUGGCUCUCGCACACCUCUCGACCGCUCUGCGACACCCACACCCGGCAACCCGGGUGCCGACGCAAGUGCAUCUUCGUCCUCUUCCAACCUUCUGGCCUCGUCCGAUGGCGCACCUAUCCCACGCUCCGGUCUCUUGACCAUCCGUGUCAUUGAUGCUCGUGGCUUGACUCUGCCGCCCGGUAUGCAAACACCACCUGCUGUGGCACGAGCUUUGGCACAACACAACCCGAACGCCUCCUCCCUCGCACAAUCCUUUGGCGGCGCGCAUCGCGAGAACAGGCAGAGCAUGCAGCGCAAGCAAUGCUGGUGGUUGCCUUACCUUGUUCUCGAGUUCGACAAGAACGAGAUUCUCAUCGAUGCCAUUGGUGGUGACGUUCAAGGCCCCACUUGGAUGUUCCGUGCCCAUUUUGACGUCUCUCGUAUCUCCGAGAUCAGCUUGCAGACCUACCUGCGAUCAGGUGACGGUCACAGCACUCAUCAGCCCGAAUCGAACGGCGAUGGUCAAGGUGACGAUGUGAUGGGUGUCAGCGAUAUCUAUCUGGGCGGUGUCAAGUUUGUUCCCGACUUUGAGAACCAACGAACCUCCGAUGCGUGGUACCCACUUGCUGGCGGCCACGGUCAGAUCCACGUCCAGGUUUCCUACAGAAGCGACUCCCGCAGCUCCCUCAACAUGGACGCUUUCGAACUGCUCAAAGUCAUCGGCAAAGGUAGCUUCGGCAAAGUCAUGCAAGUCCGCAAACGCGACACCUCUCGUAUCUAUGCUCUCAAAACCAUCCGCAAAGCUCACAUUGUCUCGCGGUCCGAAGUCACCCACACUCUGGCUGAACGCACCGUCCUCGCACAGGUCAACAACCCUUUCAUCGUCCCGCUCAAGUUCUCCUUCCAGAGUCCAGACAAGCUUUACCUCGUUCUUGCCUUUAUCAACGGUGGUGAGCUCUUCCACCACUUGCAACGAGAAGGAAGGUUCAACGAGGAACGUUCGCGUUUCUACGCUGCCGAGCUGCUGUGUGCGCUCGAGCACCUGCAUGGCUUCAACGUCGUCUAUCGUGACUUGAAGCCAGAGAACAUUUUGCUCGACUACACUGGUCACAUUGCGCUCUGCGAUUUCGGUCUCUGCAAGUUGAACAUGGGCGAUCAAGAAACAACAAACACCUUCUGCGGUACACCCGAGUACCUCUCUCCCGAGCUACUCUUAGGGCAGGGCUACACGAAAGCAGUCGAUUGGUGGACACUCGGUGUUCUACUCUACGAAAUGCUGACUGGUCUACCACCCUUCUACUCAGAAGACGUCAACGAGAUGUACCGCAAGAUCCUCCAAGAUCCCCUGCGAUUCGGCGACGAAGUCUCACCGGAUGCACGUCACCUUCUUACUCUUCUCCUCAACCGCGAUCCAGCUCAGCGUCUAGGAAGUGGCAGUCAUGGAGCAGCAGACAUCAAAGAUCACCCAUUCUUUGCCAAGCAUAUCGACUGGAAGCUCUUACUCGCGAAAAAGAUUCCUCCGCCCUUCAAACCUAGUGUUGCUUCGGCGAUCGAUACCAGUAACUUCGACCCAGAGUUUACGAACGAGCCUCCGAUGGAUAGCGUUGUGGACGAUAGCCACAUGUUGUCGGCGACGGUGCAGGAGCAGUUUGUUGGGUUCAGUUAUAAUGCUCCUAAUGCUAUGGGCGCUGGUGAGAGUUUGCGUGAUUGA